GAAACACUUAUAGACAUAAAAGAACCAUCAUUUCCAUUGAUGAAGUUCUUAGAAACAUAAAUAUCAAAGUUUACUACUUAAUUCACUUCACCUAUCAUCAGUAGUUAUUUAAUGAUUCAAUUUGCCAUCAUUUCAAUAUUUCUAAUACAGUCAUGUUAUUGUGGUUCAUCUAGGUCCUCACAAACAGAAUGUAAAAAGGAAAAGACUUUCAUUGGGAAACUUUGGUCAAUAUUUGAAUCCCUUCUUAGCUUCAUUUGCUUUUUGAAUGGAAUCUGGAACACAAUAAAUGAUUGGUAUACCUUUUUUAAUAAUACUACCAGUAUGCUACAACGUUAGAAGUGAGACUUCAACAUUCGGACAAAAUUAUGAAACUAAUCAAUGAAAUGUUAAAGCUUCAUUGUCUAUUCUUCACUUAACUACAUUAUGGUUCAUUACAUUUGUGCACAUAUACAAGAUGACUAUAUUUCGUAAUAGCACGUUUCUUUCUUUAAGUUGGCACGUUUUGUUUCACAAAACUAUACUGAUAAUUAUCAGCUGCUCACUAGUGCCUAGCUUUGUCAGGGAAUUGUCCGAGUUCUAAUGAGAAGCCGUGGCCAGUGGAAUUAUUCCGUGUCAGAUGGAGACAGGUAUCUACCUCAUUACAAUGGAAGAUGGUCGCGCAAUUUUGUGAAUUGGUUGAGGUUAGACGUUGGAUGCCGGUUCAAUGGUCCAUAGGUUAGGUGUUCACCCGUGAGACUGAAGGCCCUGCGUGCGAAUCCCAACAGCAAGCUCGUGGAUGGACACUGCUGAGUAGUCUCAUAAUAGGACGAAACGGUAGUUCAGCAUUUUCUGGUUUUCCAUGGUGAUUUAACAUCAAUCGGUUCAAGAUCUCAAUCAAUAACAAAACUAAAUAGUGAAUCUAAAAAAAUACUUGAGAUUUAUGAAGUGAACGAGACCUCAAGUGGGAAUAAGCGACUUCUUCUGGUGAACGAGAAUACAAACGGUGACAAUCGAAUGUAUUUUAGCAUAACAUUACAGAACAUUUUACUAAAACCUGAGAAUUAUACAGUAUAAACUGCAUUUGCAAAGUGUCAAUUAAUUGUUUCAGACUUAAUUGUUCCUUCGUUUUCAUACCAAUCGCUUUGUGUUUCUGUUCUUUUCUUCUCGAACUACUCAAUCUUCUGCUGUCCGAUAUUCCAUUCCUACAAGCGUUAUAUGCUACUUAUGUCAGUAUAAGUAGCACAGAUCAUAUUAUUAUUUAAAGCUUAAUUACAGAGUUCUUUCAUAACAUAUGAAAAAUCAGACAUUAAAUAAUUGCCUUUCAUAUAUUCCAUCAAUUAUCUUUUACAUCCUUCAUGAUUCCUUCAAUUCUCUUCUUCUUUUUUCAGUUAUGCUUUCUGUUUUCUUCAGUUUAAUCCUCUUAAUCUUCUUUUGAAAUGCAUUCCACUUCUGAUAGGUAUUACCUGUCGAUAUAAGUAGUAUGCACUACAUGUAUGAUAAUAAAUAUGUGACACCGAGUUCAAAAACAGAUUCCCCUCUUUUGUAAGCAUUGUUGUGACCACUUAUGAAGAAUUUCC